AUGUCUUCAUCAAAAUCGAACCAUUCUACGCCGUCGACAAAGCCCAACACAGCCGCCCACCAAUCCAGGACUUCUCAGUCAAAGCACCGCCUGCAGUUCACCGGAGUCACCACUGCGGCCGCUGGCGCCGUUCCGUCUGAGCACCCAGUUGAAGUUGUCGGCAGAAUCCGAGAUCAUCCCGAGCAGAAGAACAAGCCCAACGCAAACCCUACCUCAGCCCUACAAAUCAACGGAGAUGGAAAAUCUUUGAGAGGCAAACAGAGAUUGGGUAUAGAGAUUUCAGUCUCGAUGGUGUCUCGUAUUCUGAAGAGGAUGAUCUCGAGGUUUUUUUUAUCGUAA